AAACACACACACACACACACACACACACAGAUUUAUAGAGUCUCCUCCAGAAAGCAGCAUCACAGAGCGAGAGAAUCCGUCAGAAGCAGGGAAGAGGCUCUCGUCUGCUCGUCCAUGGAGGAUCUGCUCCGUCUCUGACCGUCUCUGACCACACACUCGUCCAGGAUGAGCUGUAAGGUGGCGCUGUGGCUGUUGUUCACCGGUCUGCUGUGUCUCGCCUCCGCUGGCCGUAAGACCCGUCCGCAGGGAUCCAUCCCAUCACCCCACAAAGCCGUUUCCAACACCUCCGACCGGCGCGCACGCAAACAGGAAGUGCUGGCCUCCAGCCAGGAAGCUCUGGUGGUGACCGAGCGCAAGUACCUGAAGAGCGACUGGUGCAAGACGCAGCCGCUGCGGCAGACGGUCAGUCAGGAGGGAUGCAGGAGCCGCACGGUCAUCAACCGCUUCUGCUACGGCCAGUGCAACUCCUUCUACAUCCCACGGCACAUCAGGAAAGAGCAGGAGUCCUUCCAGUCCUGUGCCUUCUGCAGACCGCAGCGCUUCACCAGCCUCACAGUGGAGCUCCACUGCCCUGACCUGCAGCCGGACGUCCGCUACCGCAAGAUCCAGCGCGUCAAGCAGUGUCGCUGCAUGUCUGUCAGCGUGUCCGAGUCUGGGAAACAGUGAGAUCCUGACCACGCUUCACUGGAAACAUCUGCUGCUAAUCUGAACUGAAAGACUGCAAGGCUUCAGCAUGCCAUCUUAAGACUGUCCUGCUGGACACCGGUCAAUAUCGGUCAGCACUAGUAUCCAGCUGUCACCACUGAUCACUGGUGGUCACCAAUGGACACUAUCAUCCGCCAUUAGUCUCAAACAGCUACUAGAGAGUGUGUGGAAACCGACUGAUGUGCGAGAGAAGUCUCCACACUGAACUCUAUGAAAGAGAUGCUGCCACCUGUGUGAUGAUCAGUGAUAGUUAACACCAAACAUGCAUAACUAGACUGAUUAUAGAGAUUCUAUGGAAAUAUGGUACAGCAAAAGAAUAUAUAUGUAGAGAAACAAGUGAAGUCUAUAUUAAAACUAUUGAGUUCUA